AUGCCCGAGAUUACCAUCACUGGCUGGACUACCCGGGACGUGCGGUUUCCCACGUCCCUGGACAAGACUGGCUCUGAUGCCAUGAACGCUGCCGGCGACUAUUCUUCUGCGUACUGUAUUCUGCAGACGGACUCGGAGUUCAGUGGCCACGGCAUGACCUUCACCAUUGGCCGUGGUAAUGACAUUGUCUGCGCAGCCAUCAACCACGUCGCGGACCGCAUCAAGGGCCGCACCCUCUCCUCUCUGGUCGAGGACUGGGGCAAGACGUGGAGGCACCUGGUCAAUGACAGCCAGCUGCGGUGGAUUGGACCGGAAAAGGGCGUCAUCCACCUUGCCCUCGGCGCCGUGGUCAACGCCAUCUGGGACCUCUGGGCCAAGGUGCUCGGCAAGCCCGUUUGGCGGAUCGUGGCCGACUUCACGCCCGAAGAGUUUGUGCGCUGCAUCGACUUUCGCUACAUUACCGACGCCGUCACCCCCGAGGAGGCUCUGGCCCUGCUCCGCGACGUCGAGGGCGGCAAGGAGGAGCGCAUCCAGGACGCCCUGGCCAGCCGCGCCGUCCCCGCCUACACCACCAGCGCCGGCUGGCUCGGCUACGGCGAGGCCAAGAUGAAGGCCCUGCUGUCCGAGACCCUGGCCCACGGCUACAAGUACUUCAAGAUCAAGGUCGGCGGCAACCUCGAGCAGGACAAGCACCGCCUGGCCAUUGCCCGCGACGUCAUUGGCUACGACCGCGGCAACGUCCUCAUGGUGGACGCCAACCAGGUCUGGAGCGUGCCCGAGGCCAUUGCCUACAUGAAGGAGCUCUCCGAGUUCAAGCCGUGGUUCAUUGAGGAGCCCACGUCGCCCGACGACAUCCUGGGCCACAAGGCCGUGCGCGAGGCCCUCAAGCCCUACGGCAUCGGCGUCGCCACGGGCGAGAUGUGCCAGAACCGCGUCGUCUUCAAGCAGCUCAUUGUCUCGGGCGCCAUUGACGUGUGCCAGAUUGACGCCUGCCGCAUGGGCGGCGUCAACGAGGUGCUGGCCGUGCUGCUCAUGGCCAAAAAGUACGGCGUGCCCAUUGUGCCGCACUCUGGCGGCGUCGGUCUGCCCGAGUACACGCAGCACCUGAGCACCAUUGACUACGUCAGCGUCAGCGGCAAGCGCUCCGUCCUCGAGUACGUCGACCACCUGCACGAGCACUUUUUGCACCCUUCCGUCAUCAAGGACGGCUACUACCAGACCCCCACCGAGCCCGGCUACAGCGUCGAGAUGAAGGCUGAGAGCAUGGACCGCUUCUCGUACCCCGGCGAGCAGGGCGUGAGUUGGUGGAAGAGCGAUGAGGCCAAGCCCAUCUUGGAGGGUGAGAAGUACUAG